CCCCUCCCGCAACCAGGUCACUCACCAUCCGCCACAAAAAGUCCCAUCGUCACUGCUGAGCGGCGCCGCGCAGCCUCGAUCCCAGGCCUGCGCGUCGCGAUGCAAGGUUCAUCCCGAGACGCGCGCGAGCGUUUCGCCGCACCAGCAUGCCCGGCGCCGCCGGCCGAUGGACUGACAAAACUGGCCGGCCACAUGUACGCACGCACGCAUGCAACCACGUCCAGCACCGGUGAUGGGAGGGAGAAGCCUCCCAUGUGAACGAUGCCCGCAGCAAGUAGCAGCAGAAGCAGUAGCAGCAGCACGCUCCGCCAGCCACUCGACGACCGAGCCGCGAGUCUUCUUCGGAGGGUCCCUCCCGGGCGACGCGUCUUGCGCCGCCCGACGAGGGGAGGCUGGUUGCGGGAGCGGGACACACCCAAUCCGCUCGGAUUGAAGCGUCUGAAAAACGUGUUGCGAGAUUGGGAAUACCCCUGGACCGUCAUAGUCCGCGCCUGUCUCUGUUGGCCCCUUUUGUCCCUUCUUGGCCGUUUGGCCCUGCGGGGGGGAGGGAGCCAAUGUGUUUUCUACACGGCCGCGGCUCCUUGAGUGCCUAUAUAUUCUUAGUGACCUUUGCGGGACAUUUUCCAUGCCUGUCCUUGCGGGGUGAGUGCUUGCCGUGAUGGGAGUAGUGGGAUUGACGGCGGAGGGCCUGGACAAAGGCGUGCGGGCGCGGGCCGGUCAGCCGAGUCGAGGUCAAUCAAGCUCGGCGGAUGCAUCGGCGCCAGCAUCGGCGGAGAGGCGCGAUAACGUCACUUACACUUCAUGACCAAGCUAGUAGCAGCUACCUUACGUAGCAAGCCCACUGUCACGACCAGCACCCAUUACAUUACGCCUUGCCCGUUGCACUCGUACCUACACUUGUAUAUGGCUGGCCUCGUCCCCUUCCACUCAAUGCGACAGAGCUUCACUUUCACAUCCCAUUGACCCUGCCACGUACCUCGCGCCCUCCUCGAUCCUGUCUGGUGAACCGCGCAAAUGGCGUCCAACGACGAUGAUGCUGAACGUAGUAGCUCCGGCUCCAGCAGGUUCGGCCACUUGCCACUCAGCACAUCCGGCCCGCUCGACUGCGCGCUCUCCGGCACGGCGCUGCUCAACGACCCCAUCUUCAACAAGGGCACCGCCUUCCCCCUCGAGGAGCGCCGCGCCUUCGGCCUGCACGGCCUGCUCCCCGGCAGCGUGCAGACGCUCGAGACGCAGGCCCGCCGCGCGCGCGAGCAGUACGCCUCGCGAGCCGACGACCUGGCCAAGAACACGUUCCUGACGUCUAUGAAGGAGCAGAAUGCGGUGCUGUACUACAAGCUGCUCCAGGACAACAUCAAGGACAUGUUCAGCGUCGUAUAUACGCCGACCGAGGGCGACGCCAUACAGAAUUACUCGAGGCUCUUCCGCCGGCCCGAGGGGUGCUUCCUCAGCAUCAAUGACCGGGAGCGCGUGCGGGCGAACCUCGCGCAGUGGGGGAACCCCGAGGACGUCGACUAUAUCGUCGUCACCGACGGCCAAGAGAUCCUCGGCAUCGGCGACCAGGGCGUCGGCGGCAUCCUCAUCUCCGUCGCCAAGCUCGUCCUCGCGACGCUCUGCGCCGGCGUCCACCCCAGCCGCUGCCUGCCCGUCGUGCUCGACUGCGGCACCGACAACCCGGACCUGCUCGCCGACGAGCUGUACCUAGGCCUACGCCAGCGGCGCGUCCGCGGCGGCGAGCGCUACGACGCCUUUGUCGACGAGUUUGUCGCCGCGGCGCGUGCCCUCUACCCGCGUGCGUAUAUACACUUUGAGGACUUUGGCCUCUCCAACGCUCGCCGCUUGCUCGACACGUACCGCCCGCGCAUGGCGUGCUUCAACGACGACGUCCAGGGCACGGGGUGCGUGACGCUCGCCGCCAUCAUGGCCGGCCUGCACGUGUCGGGCCAGACGCUCGCCGACGUUCGCAUGGUCAUCUUCGGCGCGGGCAGCGCGGGCGUCGGCAUCGCGGACCAGGUGCGCGACGCCAUCGCCGCCGAGAGCGGCAUCGGCCAUGACAAGGCCGCCGAGCGGAUAUGGCUCGUCGACAAGUCCGGCCUCAUCACCACCUCCACCGCCGAUCCGUCGCCGGCACAGAGCCGCUACGCCAAGGACCCCGCCUUCCUCGGCCACGACGCCUCCUCCUCCUCCUCCCUCCUCGGCGUCGUGCAGAGCGUGCGGCCCAACGUCCUCGUCGGCACCUCCACCGUCCCCGGCGCCUUCACCGAGGACAUCGUGCGGGCCAUGGCCGCGCACGCGCCCCGCCCCAUCAUCCUCCCGCUCUCCAACCCCACGCGUCUGCACGAGGCCAAGCCCGCCGACCUGCUCGCCUGGACGCGCGGCAGGGCCCUCGUCGCCACGGGCUCCCCCUUUCCGCCCGUGUCCGGCCCGUGGGGGGGUUGUCGUCGUCGUAGCGGUGUUGUUGACGGCGGCGGCGGCGGCGGCAACAGUCAGAAAGAACGAGGAGGACGAGACGGAGGAGGAGAAGGAGAACAAGUGACCGUCGAGGUCGCCGAGUGCAACAACUCAGUCGUCUUCCCCGGCAUCGGCCUCGGCUGCAUCCUCUCGCGCGCGAGCCGCCUCACCGACCGCAUGCUCGUCGCCGCGGUGCGCGCCGUCGCCGACAUGAGCCCCGCGAGGGCCGAUCCCACCGCCCCGCUGCUGCCGGACGUGCGCGAGGUGCGCGCCGUGAGCGUGCGCGUCGCCUGCGGCGUCAUCCGGGCCGCCGUCGACGAGGGCCUGGCCACCGAGGAGGGCAUCCCCCCCGCCAUCGACUCAGAGGAGGACGGGAAGGAGGACCGACUCGAGGAGUGGGUGCGCGAGCAAAUGUGGGAGCCGCGGUACAGACCCCUCCGGAGGGUCGGCAUGGAGGGCGCGACGCGCGCCGCGAGAGGUGAGCUGCGCAAGGCGGGCACGGUGAACAGGGCGGACGAGCUGUGAUGAUGGAUGGGGCUGUUGGAGUGUGCCAACCAAGUCCUCGUCCGUCAGUGUGCUAAGAUGCGUCGCGUGUGCGCGACACUUGACGGUGGAAGCUUCACGCAUUGUGUGGUAUUUGAACUGUUCCGUACAAGAAGCCAUCGUAACCCCCUCCAUCCAUGUUCCCCCUUCGUACUGCCAAAAAAGAC